CAACGGAUAACAUUUCUGCUGGCUCCGAUAAUUAACUAACAGUACCUGAAGAACACCAAAAAUGGCGUCUUUAUCAGCCAAAUUAGCAUUGACAAGAAGAGGCAAAGGUGAAGACGUGUACGUAGCAGCAGUGCCUUUAAGAGCUUCAAAAGGAGUCGCCCAACUAGUUAUGUCUGCUGCUUAUAACUCCUUCAAUCUUUGGGAUUUGCAGCAUUUCAUGGUCAUCGUUAAACCCUAUCCAUCUCAGGAUUUUAUAGUUUUUGAUUUUCAACCGGAAGAUCCAGAAAGUAUACAAACAGCAGUUGCAGCUUUAGCUGGUAAAGCAGUUCCAGGAACUGUUCUUGUGAGGAGAAUGACAAAAUUACCAAGAAGAAAAUGCUGGUUCAUUGGAUCUUCUAAAGAGGAUGAUGGUGUAGAUGUUGCAACUAAGUUCAAUAAUAGUUGGGAUACUUAUCUCAAAGUUGGCCACCAUGAUUGUCGUCACUAUACUAAUGGAUUGGUGGAGCUUCUUACCGGUGAAGAACAUGUUCUAGAGCGGUUGAGAAGAACCGACAGCCGGAGUUUAAGUCAUGAGCGGAACUAAGAGACAAGGUGGGCGAUUGUUUUCUAUCUCUUUUAGUAUAUUUUUCUUCCUCUCAUCAUCAACCAAUUAUUUUAAUUUUCUUGUUCCGCCACUGAAAGGCGGCAUAAACAUAGAGAAUACAUCCAUCAUGAUCUUAGUUAACUUUUAUGUAAAUAGUUAUUAUUUUCCACAAUUAGUAGCUAUUUGUAUAUGCUAUAAGAAUAGAAAUUUGUAUUGAGAAACAUAUCAAUGGAAAUGAAUAUCAUUUCAACAA